AUGGCUUCUACCCAAGCUCCAUCUGCCUCUCCGCCGACGGUCAUCGUCUGCGUCGGUAUGGCCGGCUCAGGGAAAACUACUUUUAUGCAACGCAUAAACUCCCAUCUUCACGCAAAAAAAGAACCUCCAUAUGUCAUCAAUCUCGAUCCCGCAGUUCGCAAUGUUCCAUUCGACAGUAACAUCGAUAUCCGCGAUUCGGUCAACUAUAAAGAGGUCAUGAAGUCAUACAAUCUUGGACCCAAUGGUGGAAUCAUCACUUCUCUCAACCUCUUCGCCACAAAGAUAGAUCAAAUUCUCGGACUCCUGGAAAAGCGUACAUCUCCUGAUCCCGCAAAGCCAGACGCAAAACCCAUAAAGAACAUCUUGGUAGACACUCCCGGCCAAAUCGAAGUCUUCGUAUGGAGUGCCUCGGGAGCCAUUCUGUUGGAUUCUCUGGCAUCUACAUUCCCAACUGUCAUCGCAUAUAUCAUCGAUACUCCGCGGACGGCAUCUACUAGUACUUUCAUGAGCAAUAUGCUGUAUGCUUGCAGUAUCUUGUACAAGACCAAGCUGCCCAUGAUUUUGGUUUUCAACAAGACGGAUGUCAAGGAUGCGGAGUUUGCGAAGGAGUGGAUGACCGACUUUGAGGCUUUCCAGGCUGCUCUGAAAACGGAAGAGGACGCCGGUAGUUUUGGGGGUGUUGAGGGUGGUGAUAUGGGUGGUGGCAGUGGUUACAUGGGAUCUUUGCUUAACAGCAUGAGCAUGAUGCUGGAGGAAUUCUACAGCCAUUUGAGUGUGGUUGGUGUUAGUUCCAUGACCGGAGCAGGUAUCGACGAGUUCUUUGAAGCAGUGGGAGACAAGACUAAAGAGUUCGAGCAAGACUACAAGCCCGAAUUAGAGCGGAGGAUAAAGCUGAGAGAAGAAGAGAAGAAGGAGAACCGGGAGAAAGAAUUGGGCAAGCUGAUGAGGGAUAUGGAUGUCUCUGGGGAGCCUUCUACAAAGAAGUCAUCUUCAGCAAACCCCGACAUGGAUACCUUGAGUGACAUGGAGGAUUCUGGAGAAGACGAGGGCGAUGACGGAGAAGGCUUAACGUCGAGGUAUAAGCAAGCUUUGGAAGAUGAAACUGGAGGACCGCCGACCAACGACGACCACAGCUUUACCAGAUACCUUCGCACCAGCCAAAUGAACAUGGGAUAG